CAGGUCCUGUGGUGCCGAGCUGUGUUACAUCCUCCGGCCAGUGACGCUGUAGCUCACACGAGGGUUCGCUCAGCCUUCCUUCGCUCACCCUUUGUCGAGGCAAACCGUUUGGGGUGACCUGCUUUCAGCACCGCAGCCCGCAGACAGCUCCGCCUCCCGAGAUCAGACCAGCCGCUCCCCGGCCGAGGGCUUCGCUCGAGCGGCUAGCGGUCUCGCAGCAUCCGUGGCGACCAGUUGGUUUUUUUUUUACAUUUUUAUUAUUAGUUGAGGAUGGCACCAAAACACCUUUGCAUGGUUUUCCAGCUUCUACUUUUCAGUCUACUCAGCCAAAUAUCUGCCUUUCCAACACCGACAGCAUCUAGCAAUGAUAAAUCUGUGUACAACCGACAGCUGACAGAAGAAAGACCGCUCCAAGAGCAGAUUGCUGAGGCGGACAGCGUGAAGGCUGCGGUACAGUCGGCCGAAAGCAAGCGGCCCGCCGUCUCCGAGGAGCCGGACGGAGGUGACCCGACCGUGCUCAAGUCGUUGGCCCGGAGCCACAAAUCCAAGGAGAGCGCCGACGAGCUGGAGCAGAAGAAAGAUGAGUACAUUCCCGAUGAAUCUGAUUCCACCAAGACUCGCCGCCUGGCCGAGGAAUUUGACUCGACCAAGAACGGAAUGGAGCACGAUGACACGGAUACGUUCCGUCAGGUGGACGGCACUCCGCUAACGGCGGAGGACAUCGUACAGAAGAUUGCGGACAAGAUCUACGAGGAGGACGACAGAGGCGUCUUCGACCGGAUCGUUUCCAAGCUGCUCAAGCUGGGUCUGAUAACGGAAAGUCAGGCUGACACGUUGGAGUACCAGGUGGCCGAAGCCCUGCAGGAUCUCAUCACCAACAACGCCAAAAAGAAUGAGAUCGAGGACAGCAAUGACGAGGAAGUCAGGGGCGUGCAAGACGCCCAGGAAGCGAAAUUGGAUAAAUGGGAGCAGCCCGGUCGGCGCUACGACGACGGCGACGACGAGGAGGCUGAAGAUGACCACGACGGGGUUACGGAUGAGGCGGACAGGGAUGCGGGAGAUGAGGACGAGACGUUAGAUAACGCUUGGGACAAAGACGGCGGCGAGGAUGACAACGAAGUGAGCCCGGAGGACGGCCUCCAGGAUCUGCAGUACUUUCCCAAUUUCUACCGCCUGCUCAGGAGCCUCAAUUCGGAUCAAGACGCUCAGGAACGAGAGACGCUCAUCACCAUCAUGAAGACGCUGAUUGAUUUUGUCAAGAUGAUGGUCAAGUACGGCACCAUCACGCCCGAGGAGGGCGUCUCAUAUCUGGAAAAUCUGGACACAAUGAUUGCAAUGCAGACCAAGAAGAAGCUCGGAAAGGCUCUCGGACCUCCAGAGUUUACAGAAGCUAAUGUGGGAAAGAAUUUCGACGAGGAUGACAACACCAAGGCCGAGGCCGCCAAGAUGCAGAAGGAGUAUGAGAACCUUCAGGACUCCACCAAGGAGGAUCGCCUAUCGACUAAUCGGCCCGGCAAGUCCGAAACCUAUCUGGAGGCCAUCCGGAAGAACAUCGAGUGGCUGAAGAAACACAACAAGGAAGAAGGCAAAGACGAUUAUGACCUGUCCAAGCUGAAGGACUUCAUGGACCAGCAGGUGGACUCGUACGUCGAGAAGGGCAUCAUAGCCAAGGACGAGGGGGACACCAUCAAAAGGAUCUACAGCAGCCUGUGACGUCAUCCUCCAGCUUCUAGAACUGAAUCCAAAUACUAAGAGAACAUUCAUUUCUUACUUACACUUGAUCCCCACGGCAUGGUCAAGUGUAUUCAUAAUACCUGCUUACGCUCCCAUACAUGCUACAAUCAUAUUGAGGGAAAGGAUGUAAUAAAAAAAAAUAUCAAACGAGGCACUGAAAUAAUUUCAAUACUAUUUGCACGAUGAGAUUGGAGGGAAAUAAUCCCUAGUUUUGUCACAAACUGGCAUUUCUAUUAUAUUUUUUAAUAUAAAUGUACAGCUUUGGAAACAAUAAAGAGACCAAAAAGCACUGGACCUUUUGUAUUUGUCAGUAGAUUAUACAAUAAUAAAAGAAAAAAAAUCAUUAAACACAAACAUACUGUCCGAUAAAUAGCAUAAUCAUAGAAACUUAGUUUGUUUCCAGAGCUGUAGAAUAUAUAAGUCAAAUUGUACCACUACAUAAAACAUGUUUUUCUUGUUUUUGGUGUAUAUGCAAAAUCUUAUUCUAUUCCUGCUUUUCAUUUAACUCAAAAAUAUAUAUGUGCAUUACAUCAUAGUAAACUUCAGUAAUAACUCUUGAACCCACAAGAGGGCGAUGUGUCAAUCAUUCCUCUCCAUGUAUCGAAGAUAAACGUUUCCAUCUGAGUGGACACAAGAUGACGUAUUUUUAAAUGUAAAUAUGUGAUUUUUUUCUUUUUCUUUCCUAGAGUGUAAAAGCAAUUAAAACCGUGUAUUUUC